UGGAGCCGGACUCAUUCGCUUUUGUCUUGCUGCUGCUACAGUUUAGUUGUUUGCAGGCUGACUUGUAUGUUGUGUGGGUUUAGUUUGUUUUUAUUUCCCCCCUCCCUUCCCCCCCACUUCUUAUAUUUUCCUCUCUCUUGGGGGCUGGGAGGUUUGAGGAGUGAGUUCCUAUUUUAAUUUAUGACUACAUAGGAUUUGAGUUGUUGAUAAUUUUCGAUUGUGUGUGUGAGGAGAGGAGGAGGAGGCGGGGGUUGGGGGGGAAAGGAGUGAGAUCAUGAAUAAGUUGUAUAUUGGGAAUCUGAGCUCGUCUGUGACCCCCGCCGAUAUCCAGCAACUCUUUGGGGAGAAGAAGCUCUCAGUCGGGCAAGUUCUGCUCAAAUCGGGCUAUGCCUUCGUGGACUGCCCCGACGACAACGCGGCUAUCAGAGUCAUCGAGGCGCUGUCCGGCAAAGUGGAACUUCACGGCAAGCUGAUCGAAGUAGACUACUCUGUGCCCAAAAAGCAGAGGAGUCGGAAGAUCCAGGUUCGGAACAUCCCUCCACAUCUGCAGUGGGAAGUUUUGGACGGACUCCUGGCUCAGUACGGCACGGUGGAGAGUGUGGAGCAAGUUAACACAGACAGUGAGACAGCAGUUGUGAAUGUGACUUACGAAACAAAGGAGCAUGCAAAGACGGCUAUCGAGAAGCUGAGCGGACACCAGUUGGAGAGCCACGUCCUGAGGAUCUCCUACAUCCCGGAUGAGGAGGCGACGCAGCACCUGACCCACCGGCCCCGCCGCGGGGCAGCCACUCACCCCAGCCGGGACCACGGUUCCUCGGCCGCCACAGGCGCCUCCCACAAGUCGCUGGACGUUCCGCUGCGCAUCCUGGUCCCCACCCAGUUUGUUGGGGCCAUCAUCGGGAAGGAGGGGCUGACCAUCAAGAGCGUCACCCAGCAGACGCAGUCCAAGGUGGACAUCCAUCGGAAGGAGAAUGCAGGAGCAGCUGAGAAGCCCAUCACCAUCCACUCCACGGCUGGAGGAUGCACUGCAGCCUGUCAGAUGAUCCUGGAGAUCAUGCACAAGGAGGCUCAGGACACCAAAUUCACUGAGGAGAUCCCGCUGAAGAUCCUCGCUCACGACAGCUUCGUGGGCCGGCUCAUCGGCAAAGAGGGUCGCAACCUGAAGAAGAUCGAGCAGGAGACGGGCACCAAGAUCACCAUCUCCUCGUUACACGACCUGACGCUGUACAACCCGGAGAGAACCAUCACGGUGAAGGGGAGCAUUGAGGCCUGUUCCAAAGCCCAGGCGGAGAUCAUGAAGAAGCUUAGAGAGGCCUACGAGAACGACCUCGCUGCGUUGAAUCAACAAGUCAACCUGAUCCCGGGCCUGAACCUCAACGCUCUGGGAAUCUUCUCAUCGGGAAUGUCAGUCCUUCCGUCGGCUGGUCGGCCUCGAGGGGGUGGGAGCUCCUACAGUCCCUUUGUGAGUCAGCUGUGCUACCCAGGGGCUUUGUAUAACACAGCGGCAGUCGGUGCAGUGGCUCAUCCGUACACUACCUCAGAGCAGGAGGUGGUGUACCUCUUCAUCCCCACCCAGGCAGUGGGGGCCAUCAUCGGGAAGAAGGGGCAGCAAAUCAAGCAGCUCUCCAGGUUCGCUGGUGCCUCCAUUAAGAUCGCUCCUGCAGAGGGCCCUGACGCGAGUGAACGGAUGGUGAUUAUCACUGGCUCUCCAGAAGCACAGUUUAAGGCCCAGGGUCGGAUCUACGGCAGGCUGAAAGAGGAGAACUUCUUCAACCCCAAGGAGGAAGUGAAGUUGGAGGCUCACAUCAAAGUGCCCGCCUCGGCCGCCGGCAGAGUCAUCGGCAAGGGAGGCAAGACGGUGAACGAACUGCAGAACGUCACGAGCGCUGAGGUGAUUGUGCCCCGGGACCAGACACCAGACAGCAACGACGAGGUCAUCGUCAAGAUCAUUGGACACUUCUUUGCCAGUCAGACAGCGCAGCGCAAGAUCCGGGAGAUCGUGCAGCAAGUGAAGCAGAAGGUACAGGCGGGCGGCCCCAGCCCCCAACGCGCCAAGUGAAGCGAGAGGCGCCAGCCGGUCACGUUGAGGAACAGCAGACGAAUGUAGUCCUUCCGACACACGUACACGAACACGCAGUGCGCACACACACUCAUACACACUCACUCACAUACUGACACGUUCACACACACACACACACACACACUCACUCACUCACAUACUGACACGUUCACACACACACAUACACACUCACUCACAUACUGACACGUUCACACACACACAUACACAUACUGACACGUUCACACACACACACUCACUCACUCACUCACAUACUGACACGUUCACACACACACAACACUCACUCACAUACUGACACGUUCACACACACACACACACACAACACUCACACAUACACGUUCACACACACACACACACAUACUGACACGUUCACACACACACAACACUCACUCACAUACUGACACGUUCACACACACACACACACACAUACUGACACGUUCACACACACACACACACACACACACACA